AAAAAAUCAAUUUAAUAUUUAUUAUUGAAAUAAAAAAAAAAAGAAUUAAAAAAUGUUAGUAAGAAAUAGAAAUAAUAAAAAAAAUAAAAAUAAUAAAAAAUCUCAACAACAACAACAACAACAGCAACCACAAGAAAAAAAUAAAAAUGAAAAAUCAAUUGAUUAUGAAGAUGAAGAAGAUGACGAAUAUUCAGAAGAUGAUGAAAUUUUAAAAGAUUUAAAUGAAUGUAAAACCCAAAAUCAAAUGAAAAGAAGAAUUGAAAAAGAAAAAGAAAUGGAAGAAAAAGAAAAUCACUUUUUCGAACAAAUUAUUUCAGGAUCAUUAGAGCAUAACUAUAUCAGUGGUGUGGCAAUAUUCAACUAUGAUGGUAUUGUUUUAGCAUCAAAAAAUGUUGAUGUUUCAAAAUUUUCAAAGAAUGGUACCGAUCUUCAAAAAUAUUUCGAAAGAACACCAUUGGGUCAAUGUAAUAAAGACAUUGUUAGCCAGUGUGGCCGUGAUUUAUUGGGACCUGGUUAUAUUGUUGAAGGCGUCGCUAAAAAUUCAAUCUAUUGUUUCAACAAUCAAACAAAAUGUGGCUUUAGUUUAGAAAAAACCAAGAGUACUUUUAUUUUAGGCCUUUUCAAUGAAAAACAAGAUAGAUUUAAUGCCUAUAAAGUAAUUGGGUGCAUGGCCGACGAUUUCAGAGGUGUUAAUUUAUAAUCUAAUAAUU